AAAAAAAUUUUCAUAGACAAAUGUUCAUAGAAAGAGAGAGAUAAUAGUAAAAUUAAUUUUUUUCGAAAAAAGUCCAUUUUUAAGAUCAUAUAAGGACAUUAUCAUCCUUUUAAAUGGAAUUAUGUUUAAAAAAUCAUAUAAUUACAAUUCAUUUUUUUAAUAUUUUACUGAUCCCUUAACUUACCUGUGAAAAGUGAUCAUGACGAUGCCACAUUAUGAUAAAGAAACAAAACUUGUGUAUUUAGAUAAGUAUAUAUAUAUGGUAUACUUAUUAAGAUAUGUAUAUUGAGCAUUACAACUUAUAAUAUUGAGCAUUACAAACUUGAAAAUAUAAAUUAAGACAUUUUGUAGGUUUAUAUAACAAAAGAUACUUUAUCAGCACUGCGCAUUUGAUAUUUCUGUAUAUUUUAAUACACUUUUAUAAUUGUAAAGUAUUAAUUAUAAUACUUGCAAUAUAUUAAUUUUCUUUCUUCCUCAAUGACAUUUUUAGAACUAUAUCUCAUACUACAUAUUCAGAGUACACCUUGAGAUAGUAUAUUUCGUGCUUUUUUUAUGAGAUUGCGCACGUGUAAUUGUAUGUCUAAUCUGUCUGAUAACUUAACCAAAUACAAUUGUAGUCAAAGCGUGUUGCUGAAAAUAUAAUUUUUCGAGAUACAUUAAAGACUAAAACGUCAUUUUUUAUGAAAUCUUAUUCCCCGAUGAAAAAAACUUCUGAGAUUCAUUUAAUUACUUUGAAUAAAAAUGUUCAAUCAGCGUACGUCCUAAAUUAUAAUUCUCGUAAUUUUUAAUAAGCACAUAUAAUCUCACAUAUUUGAAAGUUAUAACAGUUAUAUGCAGAAACGAAUGGUGCAAAGUUGCAUUAUUAAUCGUGAAAUUAAUUAGGUUACAGAGGCAUCAACAAUAAAAAUUGCAACGUUACAAACGUAUUUGUUGCAGCGGAAUUCCGCAAGUAAUCUAAAAAAUAUUUAUGUACGAUUGCCAGUACGUUAUUUUUCCUCGAUAACGUGAAAACGCACACAUGGACGAAUUUAAUUUAGAGAAUGACCCUGAACUGCUAAAUUCUUUGGAGACAAUUUUGAGCUCUACUGAGCGUAACCUGCAUGAAUUCAUAGACGACAUCCCACAGAUUUUUGCGAGUAAUAAUAUCAAAACUGUAUCUUAUAAAGACGAAAUGAACGAAGAAAAGACACAUUCGCUUUUCGAUGAAUUGUCAACGUCCUCCGUUAGUGCGUUAAAAGAUAAUGCAAAAGAAGUUAUAUCAUUGGAAUCAAAAUGUGAAGAAUUGUGUGGUCAGAUUGAACGCCUAACGAAAGAGAAAGAAGACGCGUCCGAGGAGAUAGAACGUUUGAAAGAUCAAAUAUUAAGUCAAAGUACUUAUUGCACGAGUCUUGGUGCAGUAUUAGGUAACCUAACGUGGCGUGCUUCUAGAUUUCCACAAAUAGUCGAUGCUUGGUUAUUGAACUUCCAGAAUAAAAUAGAAGAAUUUUUAUCAAUAGUGAAUGGGACUUUUGGUGCAUUCGUUGAUAUUUAUAAACACGCAUUCCCUCUUACAACCAACGUCGAAUAUCAAUUUGUAAUGGGUCUUCUCGGUAUCAUCACUAAUAUAUCCGCGAGUCCGGAAGGUCGUGAAUUUUUAAUUACAAAUUCCAGCGGUAUGGAAUUCGUCCAAAAACUAAUUAAACUAACGCCCGAAUUGCCAUCAGUUUCCGGGACGGUACCUUUGAAAAGAUUAACGUUAAUGAUCCUGUACAACGUAAGCAUGAAUAAGACUGGCUUGCAAUAUCUGCUCGAAUCACGAGUAGGAGACGCACUAAGUCAUUGUUUAAAUGAUGAGAUAUCUUCGAAAGAGAUACUACUACUUUGUCUUCGCGUUCUACAAUCCGUCACUUACGAUCUCAAGGAACCGAAAUACAUUCAAGAUUUGACUACAAUAAUUCCCGUUGAAAGAAUAGAAGAAAUGACGUUCGCAAAACAGAGCGACAUAAGCGGUGCAGCGAAACAAAUCGUCAAACAUUUACGACAUAGUCAAAAAAUCACGAAGUGAUUAUUAAAAUUAAACACGUUCCGAACGGGUGCGUCAUAUAUUCUAUAAUUCGCAUAAAAUAUGUAUAAAUAAUACUAUGUUUAAUAUACAAUAAAUUUCCUCAUAGAGAUGACCAAAUUACAGUUAAUUUCAAACUAUUUAAAAAAAUAAUGUUAAAGUUGCGACAAAUGGGGAAUUGCCCAAAAUAACUUUUUGGUAUUUUACAAAACAUUUCAUUAAUAUUUAAAAUAUAUUAAUAAUUGUGAUAAUUAUAUAGGUUGCAAUGCUACAAAUAUUUUAUGUCAUUAUUUAACAAAGAUUUUUAUUAUAUUUUUAAUAUACACACACAUGUCUAAUGCAUUAACUCGUUAAAUUUUGCAUGAUUUUGAUUUUUUCUUAUAUAAAUUAUUUAUAUUGUAUUAUAUUUCAGGCUAAAAUGCUAAACUUUUAAGAGCGUGUUCCCUUCCCUAUCAUUACAAUAAUAGACUUUUGCCAGACUGCAGACUAUCCUUGGAACAUAUGUUCGUGGCUACCGCGCGAGGGUUGUCGACGAUAUCGAUCUGCAAAGAGCAGGAACAAAAUGAAAGCGAUUGUAUGGGAUGCAAUGCACUAUACGGUAAAAAGAAUCGCGAUAUUAUACGAGUUACGUAAAAACUAUCCUAUAGCAAUAUUAAUAAAUGUAUUAUGUAACAAUGGCGAAAUAAAUUAAACGGUAAUAAUGCGUAAUAGUCCAUGAAGCGAAUUGUAUUUCCUUAAAUAAUUAAAUUUCCCACAAUAAGUAAUAUGUUAAUUCCCACAAUAAGUAAUAUAAAAUGCAGUUUAUUACAUUCGAGGUUGAUGCAUCUAUCGGCAUAGCUCUCAUAUUUAUUAAAUCUGAUAGUUAAUACGCUUAAAAAAAUUCCCUUUCGCUUGCUCUUUAUAAUAAAUUAUUCAUGAAGGGAAGCGACACACACGUCAGUUGCACUGACCCAGCAGAUAUAUCGAGGUAAUGACCGGCCGUUCCAAAUAAAAGUUGCGUGCGUUCCAUAGAUGUUCGAUCGUGCGCAAUUAUCUUAAUUUAAAUAUUCUACACAACGUACGGGAAACUCUAGAAGUAUUGUGUGUGACA